AUGAACAGGGCUCCCCUGAAGCGGUCCAGGAUCCUGCACAUGGCACUGAUGGGGGCUUCCGACCCCUUGGGAGAGGCAGAAGCCAUCAAGGAGAAGCCCUUUUUGCUGCGGGCAUUGCAGAUCACACUGGUGGUGUCCCUCUACUGGGUCACCUCCAUCUCCAUGGUGUUCCUUAACAAGUACCUGCUGGACAGCCCCUCCCUACAGCUGGACACCCCCAUCUUCGUCACCUUCUACCAGUGCCUGGUGACCACGCUGCUGUGCAAGAGCCUCAGCACACUGGCUGCCUUCUGCCCUGGUGCCAUGGACUUUCCCACCCUGCGCCUGGACCUCAGGGUGGCCCGCAGUGUCCUGCCCCUGUCAGUGGUCUUCAUCGGCAUGAUCACCUUCAAUAACCUCUGCCUCAAGUAUGUCGGGGUGGCAUUCUACAACGUGGGCCGCUCACUCACCACCGUCUUCAAUGUACUGCUAUCCUACCUGCUGCUCAAGCAGACCACCUCCUUCUAUGCCUUGCUCACCUGCGGCAUCAUCAUUGGUGGCUUCUGGCUUGGUGUGGACCAGGAGGGGGCUGAGGGUACCCUGUCUUGGACGGGCACCCUCUUUGGCGUGCUAGCCAGCCUUUGCGUCUCUCUCAACGCCAUCUACACCAAGAAGGUGCUCCCAGCAGUGGAUGGCAGCAUCUGGCGCCUGACCUUCUACAACAAUGUCAACGCCUGUGUCCUCUUCCUGCCCCUGCUCCUGCUGCUGGGGGAGCUUCAGACCCUCCUCAACUUUUCCCAGCUGGGCAGCGCCCACUUCUGGGGCAUGAUGACGCUGGGCGGGCUGUUUGGCUUUGCCAUCGGCUACGUGACAGGUCUACAGAUCAAGUUCACCAGCCCCCUGACCCAUAAUGUGUCUGGCACGGCCAAAGCCUGUGCCCAAACGGUGCUGGCUGUGCUCUACUACGAGGAGACCAAGAGCUUCCUCUGGUGGACAAGCAACAUGAUGGUGCUGGGGGGUUCCUCUGCCUACACCUGGGUCAGGGGCUGGGAGAUGAAGAAGAUUCAGGAGGAGCCCAGCCCCAAAGAGGAUGAGAAGAGCAGCAUGGGGGUGUGA